GAAAACGAAAGGAAAACACGAGAAAAGUUAAGGGCAGCAAAAUCAUUAGCAGAUCGGUAUGAAACAGAGCUCACGACAGAGAGGAAGUACAGGAUGGAUGUCGAAAAGAAAAUGACUGAGUUAGCUGCACAGUUCAGUGACGAGCUAAAAUGUGUGGCGUCUGCAAACCAAAAAAUUGAAGAACGAGUAAAUGAAUUUAUUGAAAAACACAAAUCAAGCAUGGAGAAGUAUUCAGAGCAGCUACAAGACGUUAAUCAUGUCUGUUCGGAGUUUGAAUCGGAUAUGAAGCGAUUCGCAUCCAAGUACCAGGAGCUACUUGGUACAAAUAGAGCUACAGCUGCAGAGAUGAGAGCAGAACCGAUUGAUCUUCCGCAGAGCGCCGAUCAACUGCAAUUUCUUUGUUUGCAGAUGAGGGAAGAAAUUAUAGAACUGAAGUCCGCACGGCAACAUGAGCAAAACGAUAUGCGGGACGAAAUCGCUUUGUUGAAAGAACAACUGGAGGAGGAGCGGAAUGCCAAGUUGGCACUGGAGCGAGAUCUUCUCGCACAAGUGAAUCAUCUCCAAACACAACUAGGAAUCGCAGCUAGUAAACUUUCUACCGCUGAUGCUGUAGUUUUGUCUAAUGAAACUCAUGAGAGGCAAAUAAGAGACCUUCAGAAUACUGUAGCUGAGUUGGAAGCACAAGUGAAACAGGUCCAGAGUGAGCGUGCUGCUGUGGAACUAACAGCUCAAAACUAUAAAGCUCGAUGUACAUCUUUGCAAAGUGAACUAGACACCUCGGAGGCCGUUCAAAAAGACUUCGUUCAGCUCUCUCAAAGUUUACAAAUUCAACUAGAAAAGAUUAGGCAAUCAGAGCAGGAAGUUCGGUGGCAGUGGGAGGAUGACGUGGAAAAUUGUUCGGGUUGCGGAGCAUCAGUUUUAAAAACUAAGCCUCGGCCAAGAUGUUUGCAUUGUUGCAAAAUCUUCUGCACCACUUGCGUUCAACAUAUAGUCCCGAGCGGGCCAAAUCGAAGACCCGCAAAUGUAUGCUAUGUCUGUCACACGCUGCUUAACAGGUGA